AUGAAUUGUCUGCGCAAGAUUGGCUUUGUCUUGGGACGCUCAGCUAAACUCUUUUCCACCUCCACCCAAAAUCCACAGAAGAUCGCGAUUUUGGGUGCAAGUGGCGGCAUUGGCCAACCACUGGCACUCCUCAUGAAACAAUCCCUAUUUGUUUCGGAAAUAGCCCUCUACGAUAUCGCGAAUGCAGCAGGAGUUGCUGCGGAUCUGAGUCACAUAGAGACUCGUGCUAAGGUGACUGGUCACACCGGACCCGACAACCUGAAGGCGGCGCUGGACGGUGCGAAGGUGGUAAUCAUUCCUGCGGGUGUGCCUCGAAAGCCUGGCAUGACUCGGGAUGACCUCUUUUCGAUGAAUGCAUCGGUUGUGGCGGAUCUUUCCAGAGCCUGUGGGAAGUACUGUUCUGAUGCGAUGAUUUGCAUCAUCACGAACCCGGUGAACAGCACGGUGCCGAUAGCGGCGGAGAUACUGAAGAAAGAGGGUGUGUACAACCCGAGGAGACUGUUCGGUGUCACUACUCUGGACAUCACCCGAUCGAAUACCUUCAUCGCUGAGGCGAAGGGUUUGGACGUUUCGAAGGUGUCCUGUCCCGUCAUCGGUGGUCAUUCAGGCAACACUAUAGUCCCAGUACUCUCCCAAUGUACUCCAUCUGUAAACUUCGCUCAGAAAGCACGUGAGGAAUUGGUGGCUCGAAUACAAAACGCAGGCACUGAAGUGGUCAAUGCGAAGGCUGGCGCGCAGGUGAGUGGAGAGUCAUAUUCACUCGACUUUGUCCGUAGUAGUUGGCGUUGCUUGGAGGAGGCAGAAUGUGGCGAGGUAGAGGCGAAGCGUGGGCAGCCAAAGCCACACUCUGGAGGUGAGUCAGGUAGAGUCGUGGAGUUUGGAAAUGCAGACAUCUACCUGAGUGAAUGUACGCUAGUGGUAGCUUUCCGUUGGCUGCAAAUGUGUCCAAACGUGGAUGAAUUGGUGGUAGCAUCCUCUGUUGUUAGUCUCCUUGGUUGCGUGUGCCUCAGUGGAAUUGACUCGGCAUCUGGUUUGCGAUUCGUAGCUCCGAAAGGAUCGGCAACCCUGUCGAUGGCCUAUGCGGGGGCACGUUUCGCCAACUCCCUGUUGCAUGCAAUGAAGGGGCACGCGGAUAUAGUGGAGUGCGCGUUCGUGGAGUGUGAUGUGGCGGAGACGGAGUUCUUUGCCUCACCUGUACUCCUUGGGUCAGUUGGUGUUGCUUUUGCUGUCGAUGUUACUGAUAGAGUGCGUGGGCUUCGCCUCCCGAACGGUGUGGAGAAGGUGUUUGGUGCUGGCAAGCUGAAUGAGUAUGAGAUUGAGUUGGUGAAGAAGGCAAUGCCAGAACUGAAGAAGAGCAUCCAGAAAGGCAAGGAGUUUGCAGCCGCCUACUAG